UUCUGAUAAGGAGUUGACGUUAUCAUCUGGAUUUAUGGACCACCUACAAAGUGGCGACCAGGUUCUGGCUGAUCGUGGCUUUCUCCUGUUCGAGGAAUUCUAUGAAAAAAAUGUUCAGCUGAUAACACCAAGCUUCACAAAGAACCGGGUGCAGCUCCCUGGACAAGAGGUCACAACCUCAAGGAGAAUUUCCUCAACACGAAUUAUUGUUGAGAGAGCCAUUGGUCAUCUCAAGAAAUGGCGCAUAAUGACUGGGACUGUUCCCUACACAUUAGUGGAUGUUUACGACGAAAUCACAACUGUAGUAGCUGGGCUUACAAAUCUUUGCCCACCACUGUCAAAAAGAGGCGAGGCUGCACCCACUGGCAUGGCAGAUCAGUUGGAGCUGGAUGGCCUGUGUUAACCUGUGUCCAAAAGUCAACAGCAAAGCAAACUGCAGCACUGUGACUGCAGACCCGCCCCAACCUGGAAAAAUGCAAAAAAAAGAGGUUUUUGUGUUUCUUGGCUGCUUAAGGUGUCUUGUGAGUUCAUUCGAAGAAUGGGAGCAGAUACUGGACUGACAGCCGUACCGAAGAAAAAAAAGACAGAUUCAGUAGCCCUGCUGCUGCAUGACAAAAGUGAGAAGCAGCGUGCACUGCCAGCAUGCGGAAUCAAGGAGGAAGAGAAGCGGAGAAUGACGAGAAAAGUGGACGUCACCUUCAACCAGGGAAGAGGCGGGUUCCAGAAAUCGGUUUAACGAAACUUUGAAAUCAGUGGGAAGAGGCGAACUAGCGAGGACGUG